CAUGCUCCCCGUCGAGAACUUCCUGGGCAGCAGUAUCCAUCGCAACUACGACCUGCUCCUCCGGCACCGUCUCCCCGUCCAGCACUGCAUGCUCGCCCUUCCGGGGGUCCGCCGGGAGCUGCUGGCCCGGGUCAUCUUGCACCCGCAGGCGCUGACGCAGUGUGAGCACACACUGACAAGCAUGGGCCUCAACGUCACGCACCAGGCCUUCGAAGACACGGCCAACGCCGCGGAGCACAUUGCCGCGCACAGCCUCCACGACACGGCCGCCAUCGCAUCUGUGCGCACCGGGGAGCUCUACAUGUCCAUGGUCGACAUGCGCGCCCAGAUCCUCACCGACGCCGUGCAAGAAGAUACCGGGAAGCACUUCGAGUACAUGUCCAGGGCCAACGUGGCUAGUGGUCCCGUCCUUGACACCUGCACAGCCUUGGGCAGCGGUGCGGCGAGGUCCUUGACGCUGCUGGCGCCCUCUCGUCGAACACCCUGA